AUGGUGAAGCUUUCAGCUUAUUCUUUGAUGAUUUCGUCAUUUACAACUUUUCAUUCUAUUAUCCUUAAAAAACCUCGCAGAUUUUCUAUAAAUAUACCUUUCAACCAUUCAACUAAAUCAAGGACCAUUUCUUAUUCUCAAAACGUUCAAAUACAUUCAGAAGACGUGAUGGGUGCGAGCCGAUAUCGUCGUCCUCUAUUUAGCGUAGCUCCCAUGAUGGAAUGGACUGAUAAUCAUUAUAGGACGCUUGCUCGCCUCAUCUCGAAACAUGCGUGGCUGUACACAGAGAUGCUUGCUGCUGAAACUAUCGUUUAUCAAAAAGGGAAUCUGGACAAGUUCUUGGCAUAUUCUCCUGAACAGAAUCCUAUUGUCCUUCAAAUUGGUGGGAGUAAAUUAGAGAACUUGGCAAAAGCCACUGAACUUGCUAGUGCAUACAACUAUGAUGAGAUUAAUUUCAAUUGUGGGUGUCCUAGCCCAAGAGUUGCAGGGCAUGGGUGCUUUGGUGUUCGGCUUAUGCUUGAUCCAAAGUUUGUUGGAGAGGCUAUGUCAGUCAUUGCUGCCAAUACAAAUGUUCCUGUCAGUGUUAAAUGCCGGAUUGGUGUUGACGAUCAUGAUUCAUAUAAUGAGCUCUGUGAUUUUAUCUACAAGGUUUCUAACCUAUCACCAACUAGGCAUUUCAUCAUACAUUCACGGAAGGCUCUACUAAAUGGCAUUAGCCCAGCUGAUAACCGAAGAAUUCCCCCACUAAAAUAUGAGUUUUAUUAUGCACUCUUGCGUGACUUCCCAGACUUAACAUUUACCAUAAAUGGAGGCAUUAAUUCUGUUGUUGAGGUAAAUGCAGCUCUAAGAGAAGGAGCUCAUGGUGUUAUGGUUGGACGUGCUGCAUAUCACAACCCUUGGCAAACUUUGGGACACGUUGACACUGCAAUAUAUGGUGCACCAAGUAGUGGUAUUACACGCCGUGAGAUCCUUCAGCGAUAUCAAGAAUAUGGAGACUCUGUUCUGGGAAGUGAUGGAAAUAAUAGACCUAAUGUUCGAGAUGUGGCAAAGCCUCUAAUCAACCUUUUUCACUCGGAGCCUGGAAACAGUCUGUGGAAGCGCAAAGCUGACUCUGCUUUCAUGCAUUGCAAGACAAUGAAAUCGUUCUUCGAGGAAACGCUUGUGGCGCUACCUGAUUCAGUCUUGGAUGCACCUAUUGCUGGGGGGGUACCAUCUGGUCGUGAAGAUCUUUUUGCCAAUGUACAUGAUUUAAUACCACCCCCAUACAACGUGAGAGAAGAGGAAGCAUUAUAUGCUUAGAUUCAUAAUGUCCUAAAUCCCUAUGUUCCAAUUGAUUUUAGUCUCAAAUUACAAAUUCUUUUUAGGAAUACAUCCUAAUUGGUGCCAUGUAUGCUGAAUUCUAAUUAUAUCAAUUUUUAAUUUACAAAAUGACUUUUUUUUUU